AUGGCGUCAUCCUCGACGAACGUGUUAAAACUUUACGAAGGUAUAGCUGACAGAGAAGUGACCAGCUGUUUGAACGGGGCGAGGCACCUGGUUGGGGUGAACGUAACGACGGCACAGGUGAAAAUUGAUGAACUGUACGAUGUCGUGACGAGAACCACUGGCAGACCAGGAAAAUGUGAACGUAUGGAUAGCCCGUUGUCCCUCGAGGUUGUUCAGUGUCGUCAGUUCGAUCCGGUCAGUGGGCCAUUCAGCAUGAAGGAGCGCAAAGAUGAGACGCAGUCGAUUUACACGGUCGCCAGCAACACGAAUCUGGUCCCAAUAAGAUCUAGACACGCUUACCUGAAGAGACGAAGACACGUACCGAAUUUGGUUAUGAUUUUCUUGAUUUUCCUGAUGAUUUUCUUAUUGAUAAUGACGGCGGUGCUUGCAGUUUCAUACUUUAUGUACAGUCAGGCAAAGCUAUGCGAGACUGAGAACUGUGUUCGCAUAGCGGCUAGUUUCAAAGAAUCCAUGGACACGUCUGUAGAUCCUUGCGACGAUUUUUAUAAGUACGCGUGCGGAAAAUGGUCGAACGAACACCCUAUGCCCGACAACAGCCUAUCGAAUUCGUGGUUCGAGGAGCAUAGAGAACGAAUGUUGAGGAAGAUUCGGGAACUUCUUCGAGAGAACAUCACCGAUAACAAUGCUCCAUGGUCGGUGAAGCAGGCUAAAAUACUGUACAACAGCUGUAUGGACGUGCAUGCGGUGAACGAACUGGGCCUGACGCCGCUGUUCGAGAUAUUGGAAGAGCUCAAUUUACCUCCGGUUCCUCCGGCAUUUACGAAGAAGACGAGUGGUUACAUCGAGCAGAUGGCCAGGGUGAAGAAAGUACUGGGAAGGGAUGUUUUCUUCAGCUUUGACGUUCUUCCCGAUCCCCGGAAUACUAGUACCAACGUCAUGAUGUUACACACGCCGGUCACGAGUAGCCCAUUGCCGAACGACAAUGAACUGGAGAAACGACUGCACUCGGUCAGAUCGCGUUUCCGGAAGUUGGAGGAAGACGAGAGUUCGUCCAAGCUGAAGGGAGCAGAAGUGGCGUACAUGACUGAUAUCAUUAAGCAGGUUGUCAACAACGGAACUCUCGAUUCUUGUACCUUAAAGGAUAAUUCCUCGUUCGCCGACGAAAAUGAGUUGAAGGAAGUCGUCGAGUCGCUCUAUGAACUGACCAGCAUUUUUUACUAUUUAUCGCGGUUCGAAAGCAAUGAAAGCAUAUGGGACGAGGAUUUAGCGGAUAUAACCUGCAUCUCAGUGGACGAUCUUCAAAAGUUGACCGACGAAUAUGUAAUAGAAGCAAAUUCGUCUCUAACUCCUAAACCGUUAUGGCGGCCGUUCAUCGAGACGAUUUACAAAGAUGUCGAGUCUUUGGACUUGAGCGGCAGGGAUAAAAUACUGAUAGGCGAUUUGGAAUACCUAAAGGAUGUUGCUCUUGCGUUGUCCACGUUCGAGGAGGAAGAGUUAGAGACUUAUAUUUGGUGGGUCGUGGUCGACAUCGUCGUACCGCAUGUGUCCGAUAGUUUAAGAAAAAUCUGGCUCGAUCAUGUCAACAAAGUGACGUACGUCGAGCUAGGCGAAUCCAAGUCUUUACGUUGCGCGUCCACCGUGAACGAGUUAAUGGGAAUGGCGGUUUCGUGGUUGUUCGUGGACCCGUCCUUCCACGAAGAUAAAGGUAAAAAAGUGUUUGAGAUGCUGAACGACGUAAAAGAAGCUUUCGCCUCGCUGGUUUCGCACACCGACUGGAUGGACAAGCAAACAAAAACGGCGACACUGGAGAAAAACAGAAAGAUGGAGUCGCAGAUUGGCUUUCCUAAGUGGCUGUUCGAUGAAGAUGUCCUUAAUUAUUAUUACGAAGGCAUAGACCUCAUGGAGGCGGAAUACCUGAACAACAUGAUUCAAAUUGUCCGUCUGAUGUCAGUGUCCAAAUUGGAAUGCAUUCAUCGCGUCAAUUAUGACAAUGCUUUGCAUUGGGCGACCGAUCCAACAGACGUCAACGCGUAUCACACCUACGAGUUCAAUCACAUAACUAUACCAGCUGGAAUUCUUCAAUUUCCAUUUUACGAAUUGGGUAUCGAGGCUUUGAAUUAUGGCGCUUUAGGUACGGUGCUCGGCCACGAACUGACACACGGUUUCGACAACAAUGGCAGACACUUCGACAGUAACGGAAACGUGAGGCAAUGGUGGACCAAUGAAACCAUUUUCGAGUAUACCGAGAAGACCGAGUGCUUCAUCAAACACUAUAGCAGCUACUACGAAAAAGAGGUAGACGAUUACAUCGACGGGGAACGAACAUUGGGGGAGAAUAUAGCCGACAAUGGUGGCCUUAGAGAGGCUGUCGUUGCUUACGAGAGAUGGAAGGCUAGGCACGGUCAGGAGCUUCUGCUUCCGGGAUUCACUCAUCUCACUCACGAGCAGCUCGUUUUCCUCAGUUUCGCGCACUUGUGGUGCGAGGCAUACACACCAAUAUCUUUGAAAUGGAUAUUGGAAGACACCCAUUGCCCCGGACACGUGAGACUUCACGGGGUGUUGAGGAACUCCAAGGAAUUCAGCAAGGCUUGGAAGUGUCCCGCGGGAUCGAACAUGAAUCCUGCUGAGAAAUGUCGUGUGUGGUAA